AUGGAUGAGGACCUGGAAGAGGAUGAAGACGACACGACCGAACAAUAUAGUUACUCGUCCAAUAUAGCGUCGCCUGCACUGUCAGACACGAGCAGCACCACCAGCUCGAGGGGCUCUGAGCCCAAGGCGCGCAUCCGAUGGACGCCCGAGGAGGAUGAGAUCCUGUUGAGGUCCGUGCGCCAGAACAACCACAAGAACUGGAAGAAGAUUGCCGAGCCGCUGAAGGGUCGCACGGACGUGCAGUGCCACCACCGCUAUCAAAAGGUGCUGCAUCCCAGUCUUGUCAAGGGUGCCUGGACCACCGAGGAGGACCAAAAGGUCCGUGAACUCGUCAAGAUAUACGGACCCAAGAAGUGGUCCGAGAUCUCCCUUCAUCUCAAGGGAAGGAUGGGUAAACAAUGUAGAGAGAGAUGGCACAAUCAUCUGGACCCAAACAUUAAACGAGAGGCAUGGUCUGAAGAAGAGGAUAGAAUCAUCUUGGAGAAACAUGCCGUCUAUGGGAACAAGUGGGCGGAGAUAUCAAAGUUCCUGCCGGGUCGCACAGACAAUGCCAUCAAGAAUCAUUGGAACUCCUCAAUGAGGAAGGCAAGGACCAACAUGAUGAUGAGCAAUGGCAGCAAGGGUCACAGUGUGCCAAGCACACCCAUACAUAUCAACAACAACAACAUCCACAACAACAAUAACAACAACAACAAUAAUAAUAACAAUCAUAAUAUCAGCAAUAUAAAUCAUUUAAUCAACAACAAUAAUAACAAUAACAACAACAACAAUAUCAAUGGUCUCUCCCAAAGCAGGACACAGACGCCAAGCCGAAAGAGGAGGAACCAGCAUGAUCUCCCUGCAUCUGGCAACGAAGCUGUACUCAAUGACCUGCUGCAACAUCACCAACAGAUGCUGAUCCAUCGUCAGUCCAUCUUGUCAUCACCAUCAACAUCAUCAGCAACAGCAGACGCACUCAGUAUUGAUGUUGAAUCGAUUCAACAAUAUAUAUCUACACCAACACAAACACCAAAGAAGUCACUCCAACAACAACAUCAACAACAACAACAACAACAUCAUCCAAUGACAACGACAAUGAUGGCGGUCCAGUCGGACCUUCACAACCUCAUCACACCCAUCAAGCCAUACAAUGUCUCUGCACUCGACAAGAAGAGACAAAGGAUUGAUUUCUCGCCAUCGAUGACUGUCAAUGAGAAGCCAGUCACAACCAAGCUGGGCAUUCAGAUCUCUGCUCAUGGCAUUGACCAGAACUCUUUGCAAACGAUCAACUCCAAGUUGCGCGCCUGUAGUGAAGGAUCAAAUGGAGCGUCUUACUCGCCCGUCCCCAAUGGCUAUGCUGGCGCACCCCUUAGGUUGGACGCGAUGCUCUCACCCCUCGGAACCUCUGCUGACAUUACCGCCACCACCACGCCCAAGAUGUUCCAGACACCACCUGGCUCCUCACGUACCAAAUCCAGAAUGUCCAACCACAAGAACAGGCCAUUGUUUGUCGAUCAUGAUCAUUCAUUCAAGAUUGUCACUGGCAACCUUGGAGCUGGCACUGGCGUCCUUGGCAUUGGCAAUGCUAACAAUGGCACACAUGUUGCGAUGGACAUCAACAACAUCAACAACAACAACAACAAUAGUGCCAACACAACAAUGGAUCAUUCUCAUUUCUCUGACUGUUCGUUUGAGGCACUGAAGCUCCUGAGCGACACGUCUAGGAGUUCGAUAUUCAAUCAGGCCAAGAAGAUACUGGCACACAACAGCCAGGCGUAUCAGGGUGGAAUCACAAACAUAUCGGACAUUCAUGUACCCACUUCGCCACAGGCCUCUGCCUCAUCUCACUAUGUCUUCUUCAAGGCUCAUCACGAUGUACCAACAACAACAGCAACGGCAACGACAACAUCAUCGUCAACAACGACAUCUCCAUCAUCAACAUCGUUGACAACAUCAUCAACAAUCAAUCCAUCCUCUUCGUCAAUGUCGUCCAAGCCAAGACCAUUACCACUUGUAGAGUUCUAA